AUGACCAGUUUCAAGAUUCUUCGUCGAAGAAUUGCCUGGGUGUUGAGCAAGUGGCUCACGGAAGACACUGAUGCUGAUGGUCGAAUGGUUGUCUAUCCGUUGGUGGGAGAAUCGGACACUGUGAUGAAGCUUGGUUCCGAUCUCACUAUCACUAUCGUCAGGGAUCGUGCCGGCCGUGAGACAAUACUCUACGCUUCGAAAAUCAUCCAGUUGCUGAUGCCAUUGUGGGAGUGCGGUCAAAAUUUCGAAGAGCAAGCCGUUCAGUUGUUUCAUUAUUUUAUUACAAUGAUCCCAUCCGCAGUGGAUCGUACAAAGCUAUCCUCGCUAUUUACGAGCGCCAUUCGUUUGACGGAUUACGAUACAGAAAACCCGCGCAAAAUCUUUUAA